AUGAACCGCGAUUCCAUCCUGCGCCACGUUACCGGCGUAGUGCGCUAUCAUGACCCAACCUUGGGCCGCGCAGCCGCCGUCCUACCCUCACCACUCAUGCAGAAACCCGCAACAGCCAGAUGGGAUUUGGAAGUCAGUGCCACCGACGUCACCCAGCUCAAACUGGGUUUCGCCGGAAGCAAUCAAGACCACAAGUGGACCAUCGCCGCCAACGAUCCCGACGACAACGGCCUUGUUCCGAUUCACAUUAUCCAGAGAGGCUGGAACGCCGAUCGUUAUAUUCUCCAUCUGAAACCGGCAAGUGACGACAACGGCGCCAAGGUCCAGUCCGUCACUUGGGACUCGGCAUAG